AUGGCAGGGGGACGAAGUUCAGGUAGUGGUGGAAAUGAUUUGAAUGAUGUAGUGAGACAAUUGGCAGCGGUUUCCCAACAAUUGGCAAGGAACUCAACUGGUAACGGGGAUGCUCAAGGGGAGCUCUUCAAAAAGAAACUGUUUGGAGCUGUGGGGUGCCCUGAAAACUCCAAAGUAGGUUGUGCUACCUACUAUCUGAGGGGUGAAUCUGACCUUUGGUGGCAACAAAAUGAGGCUACCAUUAGAGCGUUACUUGGGUUCAACUGGAUCAAAUUCCAAGAAAAAGUGAGAGACAAGUUAUAUCCUAGCUUUUUGCAGAAGCAGAAGGCUGAGGAAUUUUCAAACCUUAGAAUGGAUAAGAUGACAGUUACGGAAUAUUACACCAAAUUUAUUGAGUUGUCCCGUUUUGCUGAAGGAUCCGUCUCCACGGAGAAAGCAAAAGCUAGGAAGUUUGAGAGUGGGUUAACUACUGAUCUGCAGUUGAAGCUGUGCGGGCAGGUAUUUGAGACCCUGGAUGAAGUAUAUGGAAGGGCCACACACCUUUAUGCUCUGGAAGGAAAGAAGAAGAAGGAGCUAGCUGAGAUAGAAGGGAGAGAGAAGAGGAAGGAAGUGGGACAAGUUUCUGGAAAUCAACAGGGAAACCAGAAUGGUUUUAAGAAGCAGAAGUACCACCAUAACAAUAACUUCCCCAAUAAUAAUAAUUUCCAGAAUAAUAACCGCCAUUGGGGACGUAGAAACAAUGGAGGGGCUAGAAACAAUAACCAGGGGAAUAAUAAGAAUGGAAGGUCUUACUUCUGCAAGAGGUGUAGGAAUAAUCACCCUGGGAAGGAUUGUGAAGGCAAUUUGGUUGCUUGUCGCGCUUGCAACAAACUGGGGCAUAGGGAGUACGAGUGUUACUCCAAAAAUGCUAAUGGGAAUAAACAGAACAACUAUAACUCAGGAGGAAACCAGAAGAAUUUCCAGGGGAACAACAACAAUUUUUCUGGUAAUAAGGGAGUGCAACAGAAUGGGGCGAGAAACAGUAACACCAACAAUGGUAACAGCCAAAAAAAGGGAGGAACUUUAGGGAAACUGAAUGUUUUGAGUAGGCACAAGGCAGAGGCCACGAAAGAUGUUAUCACUGGUACUUUUUCUAUUAACUCUAUUCUUGUUAAAGUAUCGUUUGAUUCUGGUGCAACUUUCUCUUUUGUUUCUAAGGGUAUUGUUUCAAAACUUAGGGAUUGCUUAAAAAUAGUAGAGGUAGUAGAUUUACCUAUAACCAUCCCGACAGGUGGGGUAGUGAAUUGUACCAAAACUUUUAGAAACGUGCCUUUAGAAAUAGAGGGAAAGAUAUUUCCGUCUAACCUUAUCGAGUUUGGGCUGAGCGACUUUGACCUUAUCUUGGGGAUGGACUGGCUAAGUAAGUAUAAUGCUGAGAUUAGUUGUAGAUCACAGAAAGUGAAGAUGAUCGCAAAUGGAAAUGAAUCAGUGACUUACUGGAUGGAUGGUGGCAAAUCUAGAAAACAUAAAAGUGGUCAACGAAUUUCUGGAUGUGUUUCCGGAAGAGAUCCCUGGGAUGCCACCUAA